AUGGCAGACAGUCCAACUAUAACUCCAUCCUCUCCUACAGCCCGAGAGCGCCUCAGUGGGAUGACCAUUGAUGAUGAAGAACGAAUCCCUGAACAAGAAGAUGAGGAGGAAGAGGAUCUCUACAGCUCCCAUCCUCUCCCACCACCCCGGAAACCAGCUUCAAAAACAGCACCUAUUUUCGCAAACUGGAAACGAAAACAGCUUUCUCCUGCUCCACCGUCUUCUUCAGCUGUGAACUUAUCGUCAGACCCGUUUCAUCCGUUAAAUUCCUCUCAAUUCCCAGCUCCUAGACCUCGAGAAGCUCCUCCUCGCGGUCAACCUACCCGACCUGCCGCCCCACCGAGGAUAUUAGCGGUUGAUAUCCCAGCAUCUUCGCUACGACCUUUAGCUUUCAGAAUUUUUACAAAGAAACAUAACCUUACGUUAAAAUCCGAAGCGCUCGCCUUACUCUGUAGCUUCAUCGGUCGAAAAUGCGGCGCGGACUGGAAGACUAGUGGUUCGGCCGAAAAGCUCCUUGAAGAGGUAGCUCGAACCUGGAAAAGGAAUGAAGGUGCAGCCGCGAUCCUCGUGGACGGGAAUGAAGCUCUCAAAGCUGUGAUUAGGGACUUGGAAGUCGAGGGACCCAGCGCGAACAAAUCUAGCUUACUCACUAGAGGUGAAAGCUUUGAUUUCGCUGGCGCAAGUGGUAUGAACGCCGCUUCACUAGGUGGAGACGACGAAGAAGGAUCUUCGCAACAGCGACAAUCGGCACAGAUGGUGAUUUCUUCAAAGACUGGACCGAAUCUCGAGGAUAUAAACCCUAGGGAUUACAUCCAUGUAGUCGACGCCUUCACACAGCCGAAAUACAAAUACAACCAAUCGAGAAAACAGUUUGAACGAGCACCAAAACCGUCAUUACUUCCCGAUGCUACCUCGAAAGCUCAAGUAUUCUUGACAAGAUACUAUCUAAUCCACCACCGCCUCCUUCGUAAUCCUUCAUUCCAACCCCCUACUUUUGCACCUUCGAGUAGCAUGACAUCGCGGGGCACAAAGACCUACUUCAAAAUCACACCAAUAGCCCACCUCCUCGGUCGUAGCGGCAAACCGUUCUUCAUAUUCGGAUUAUUGUCAACCUCUCCGGAUACUGGGCAACUGAUGCUAGAAGAUCCAACAGGGUCAAUACAGCUGGAUACCACACACGCAAGACCAAUACCCGAAGACGGGGUAUGGUUCUGUCCCGGAAGUUUUGUAGUCGUCGAUGGAACUUUUGAGGCGGAUGGACGGUUUACGGCGUAUACUAUCGGGCAGCCGCCGAGUGAAAGGAGAGAGACUUCGGCUGAAGUAUUUGGCCAUAUGGAUUUUCUGGGGAUUAACAUGCCCUUAGAAUUUUCGGCUGGUGGUGGGGGUGGAAGAGGGCUACGACUUGCGGAGAAGAGACUUGCGAAUGAAGGGAAAGGGAAAGUGAUAGUGCUGAGUGAAGUACAUUUGGAUUUACCGAAGACGCAUGAAGCACUUACGAAGCUGUUUGAGAAAUGGGAGAGUGAGGCGAAUGGAGAGGAUGAAGUGGAGGUACCGGCUGUGGUGAUCAUGUGUGGAAGGUUUGUGAGUAAUGGGUUUGGAGUUGGGAAUGGGAGUUUGGGGUAUAAAGAGGCUUUAGAUACCUUCGCGGUCACAAUAAGUGCGUUUAAUACGUUACUUACAAAGACAAUAUUUGUGCUUGUGCCGUCGGAUGGGGAUCCUUGGGGUGCAGCAUUCACGGGAGGAGCGAGUGGAGUGUUACCUCGAAAGAGUGUCCCAGAUGUAUUCUCCGGGAAGCUCAAGAGGGUAUUUACGGUAGCUAAUUCCGCAAAUAAGAAGGAUGGUGGAGGCGGGAGGGUAGUAUUUGGGAGCAAUCCGUGCAGGGUUGGGUAUUUCACACGAGAGAUUGUAGUGUUCAGAGAUGAUCUGGGUGCAAGGUUUGCGAGAAAUGCAGUGAGGUUUAAGGCUUUAAGCAGCGAUGAUGCUACCGACGGACCCGCUAAUAAGGAAAAGGGGGCAGAAGGGCACGAAAUGGAUGUCGAUGGACUUACUGGAACCGUGCCUAGAACUCAGCAGGAAGAAGAUGAGACCACCCCGGUACAGAGUGGGGUACCGGACAGCGUGAAAAUGGCGAGGAAGUUGGUGAAAACGAUCCUUGAUCAAUCCUAUCUCUCGCCUUAUCCCGUCAACAUAAGGCCGGUGCUGUGGGAUUAUACCCACGCUUUGACGUUAUUUCCUUUACCCAAUUACUUGAUAUUAGCAGAUUCUUCUACACCCCCGUUUACAGUUACCUACGAAGGGUGCCAUGUUGUUAACCCUGGGCCCUUCUUGGUGGUAGAUGAGAGAAGGAAGGGGAGGUUUGUGGAGUUUGUAGUCGGUGCUCAGGCUGGGGCUGGCGGGAAAGUAGUGGAUUUCGUUUACUAG